UAUUUUUUAUCAAAGCUAUAUAAUUUUCCAAUAAUCGCUAUUGCCACAUCAGUUCACUUUCAGUUUCCUUUGAGUAAAGUCUGAAGGUUUAUCAGUCAUGAAAUUGACAAUUUUAUUUUGUGUAAUUCUGCCUUUGGUAGUUUUGGCGCAGGAUAUGCCCAAACGUCCACCACCUCCACCGAUUGAAGUAGAUGAGGAUACGAGGAUCAUACCUAAAUCUGUUUUUACAGUCGUUGCUCCAUAUGACAUCCGUCAAGGAAAAUCUUACAACAUCUAUGUCCGGGGAUUUAAUAUUAAAAAUUCAGUUCGUCUGACCAUAAGAAUCAAUGGAACCAGUGAUUCAGGGGAUGUCUUGAGCAUUAAAAAAACUGCCACAAUAACAAGGUCUUCUUCCAGAACAUCUGUUUCUAUUGAUACAUCAUCAAUCACCAGAGGCAACUAUGCACUUUAUGUUGAGACUGAAAACUUUGCAGAAAAGAGAAGCUUGACUUACAUAACCAAACAGUAUUCAUUCCUUCUUCAACUAAGCAAAGCUAUUUUCUUACCUGGUGAUCUUCUUCAAUUCAGAGUCUAUGCUGUUGAUUCUGAAACAAAAGCUGUAACUCCAAAAUGCUCGAAUAUUGUUUCAAUCACUGAUGGAAAUGGCAAUGAGAUCACAUCUUUCAAAAAUGUUUCAUUUAAUCGAGGCAAAUAUGAAAAUAGUUUACAAUUGUCUAGCAAAGCUGGAUUGGGAGUCUGGAAUGUCCAAUUCCAAUGUGAUGAACAGAUAAUAUCCAAAGAAUUUGAAGUUGCUGAAUAUACACUUCCAUUGAUCCAAGGCUCUAUAUCUGUGCCAUCAGAUACUCCCUUUAAAUUUGGUAAAGUUCCAAUUACAGUUGAAGUCUCAUACACAUUCGGUGGUGAUGCUUCAGGAAAUGCAACUGUAACUAUCCAAAGAUAUGGAACAAAUAUGUUAAAGCGAACUGUUGUUAUAACAUCUGGAUCUGCAACAUUCGACGUUGACAUUGUAAAAGAUUUACAAGUUCAAGCUGGCGGUUAUGGUUAUUUCCAGGCAAAUUUAGUGUUUGAAGAUCCAUUGACUGGAAAUAAAAUUACAGAUCAGAAAAGUUUUGCUAUCACACCUUACACAUACAACAUCUAUCCACAAGGUGAUCAAAGUAUUAAGCCAGGAACUCCAUUUAAAUUUACAAUUGCUUUGAAGAAAUACGACGGCAGUCCAGCACCAGCAGGAACUAAAGUUAAAGUCACAGGGCAAAGUCCAACUACAAUUCCAUCCCAAACAUUGAUAAUUGGUGCUGACGGAACUGCUUCAUCAUCUGUCAUGGUACCAACUGGUACUGAAUAUUUGUCAUUAAAACUUACAGCUGCUGAUGCAUAUGAUAAUUAUGUUGGAGCUGGAAUUAUUCGAUAUAGUAGUGGAUCUUAUUUACAAAUUGAUGUUUUGACUGAAACACCAAAACUAGGACAACGUGUCUACUUCAAAAUCAGAUCAGGAGAAACAAUUGACUUUGUUAUGGUUCAUAUUGUUGCAAAGGGAGUUUUGCUUGAAAGUACUAAAGUUUAUUUCGACGACGACAGUAAUGAAGAUGAUGAUCUAAAUACUGUUGUAUAUAGUUUCAAGCCAUCAUUCAAAUAUGCUCCAGCAACUCAAAUAAUUGCUUACUACAUUAAAGAAAAUGGAGAUUUUGUAACAACACAAGCCUACAUUCAAUUGGAUAAGGAACUUCCCAACUAUCUCAAAAUUUCACCAGCAACUCGAGAAGUAAAGCCAGCAGCUAAGAUAAACUUGAAAAUUGAAAGUUACAUUGGAUCAAGAGUUUCAUUAGUCGCAAUGGAUCAAAGAUUACUUGCAUUGAAAGGUGGCAGCAACAUCACGAAACAAAAUAUCUUCGAUGACUUACAACAAUACAAUUGGAACAACGUGCAAUAUGAUUGGGGCAACAUUGCUGAUUAUGAAUUUACAUUUGGAGGUACAGGACUGUUUGUUUUCACAAAUAUCCCUAGACCAACAAGAAGAUAUUGGCCAAGACCAGAUAGACCAGAUAGAGAAGAAAUGGAAAGACCAGCUGAUAAAGGUGCUGCUAAAAAAGUAGGUGGUGAUGUCAAAGUUCGUAAAGAUUUUAGAGAAGUUUUCUUAUGGCGUGAAGUUCCUAUUUAUGAUUCUGCUGACGAUGACGAUGACGAAUGGAAAGGAUUAGAAAGAAUUUCUGAAACAGUUCCAGAAUCUAUCACAACUUACUUGAUCUAUGGUGUCUCAAUGAGCAAAUAUGAUGGAAUUGGAUUGUCUGACAAUGUUCCAUCAGUGACAAUCUUUUUGCCAUUCUUCCUUUCCGUUGAACUUCCAUACUCUGUAAAGCGUAAUGAAGUUCUUCUACAAGACAUCCUUGUUUUUAAUUACUUGAAGAAAUCUCAAACUGUCGAAGUUAAGGUUACAAAAGAUGCUAAAUUUACUGCUGUUGAUCUUACUAAAUAUGGAUGGAAAGAUACCACUGGAUUCUACACACAAAGCGUAACAACUGUAGUUGGUCAGAACAUCAAACUUCAAUUUGCAUUAAAACCAAAAACUCUUGGAUUUAUUUCCUUCGAAGUAACUGCUAAAGGAUCACUAGCUGGUGAUGGAAUCAAGAAACAAUUGAGAGUCAUACCUGAAGGAAUUCCACGUUCAAUCACUUCAUCCGUUUUCUUAGCACUUGAUUCAAAAACUCCAACAAUUCAAUCCCAAUUAAAGUGUAAUCUUCCUGAUUCAGCAUAUCAAGAUACAACUGAGAUAUCAGCUACUGUUGCUGGUGAUAUUUUUGGAAAGGCUUUGAGUAAUCUUGAUAAGUUGAUUAGCAUGCCAGGUGGAUGUGGUGAACAAACAAUGCUUAGCCUUGCCCCUGAUAUAGCUAUCUAUGACUAUUUAUCAGCAUCAGGCAAACUUACACCUACACUACAAGGAACUCUCCAAAGCUACAUUCUUGCUGGAUAUCAAAAUGAAUUGAGAUAUCAAAGAUUUGAUGGAAGUUUCUCAGCUUUUGGUGAAAGUGAUCCAUCUGGUUCCACAUGGUUGACUGCUUAUGUCAUUGAGUACUUCUAUUUUGCUAAAACUAUUGUCACUAUUGAUUCCAACGUCAUUGCAAAUGGUGCUGAUUUUGUCCAGCAACAACAAAAUGCUGAUGGAUCAUUCAGAGAGCCUGGUAGAGUUAUUCAUGUUGAUAUGCAAGGAGGAAGUGGAGCUGGAAUUGGUUUGACAGCUUACUGUGCUAUCAUGUUCACAAUCAUCUUACCAGGAUACCCUGAAUAUACAGCAACAAGAGAUAGUGCUGUGCAAUAUUUGGAAAACAAUUUCAAUUCAAGCAGCACUACCUAUGAGUUGGGUGUAAUUGCAUAUGCCUUAGAACUAGUUGGAAGUAGUCAAGCAGAUGCAGCAUAUGAUUUGUUCUACAAUAGAAGUACAGAAACAAGUCUAAUGUUAUUCUGGGCUGCACCAGCACCAAUAUCUCCUGAUUUCUGGUACUACAAUCAAGCAAGAUCUCUUGAUAUUGAAAUUACAUCGUAUGGACUUUUAACUGUUAUCAAACGUGGCGGAGGAUUACCUUCAAUUCUCAAGAUUGUCAAAUAUCUUGUCAGCAAGUCCAAUAGUCUUGGUGGUUAUACUUCAUCACAAGAUACAGUUAUGGCAUUUUAUGCAUUGAGUCAAUUCGCAAGAACUUUUGCUUUGAAUACAAAUGUGGCACUUAUAUUGGCUCCAAAUGUUGGAAGUUCAGUUUCAGCCACAGUUGAUUCUACAAAUGCUUUUACCUUACAAUCAUUUGAAUUGAAUCCAGGUGCAAGAAGUAUGAACAUAACAGCAACAACAUCUGACUCAGGACUUGCCAUUGUCAGUCUUAUCUGCAAUUUCUAUGAAGAUCCAACAAAAGUUGUUCCAGUCUUUAAUGUCAAUUACAACUUUGGAUUUGCAUGCAGUUACAGAAUCUCUUUUGAAGUCUGUACAAGUUAUAUUCCAACAGGAAAUUCCAAUAUGGCUAUUAUGAUAGUCAAUAUGCCAUCUGGUUUUGUCUACAAUGAAUGGCAAUCACAAUCAAAUCCUGACAUCAGCCAAACUGAAGUUACAAAUCAAGGAUCGAAAGUUACAUUCUACUUCAACACGAUUUCCAAUGUAAACAGCUGUGUCUCUGUCAAUGCAUAUAGAUCUAAAUUUGUUGCUGAAUUGAAGCCUGCAACUAUUGAGGUUUAUGAUUAUUAUGAUACUUCAAAACAAGGAAUGACAUCCUAUCAAGUUCCAGAUUUGAGUGGACCAUGUUACUACUAUCGUUAAGUCAUGGACAUCAUCAUAAAUCAAUUUUGAAUUUGAUUUUAAAAAUCUUUAAAAAUUAUAAUUUUUUUCUUUGCAUUUUCUAAAAUUGGAUGCAUUAUUUUGAAAUAAAACAAUAAAUUUCUCAA